ACCAAAUCCGGCAGGCGUGCUUCCACCGAAAGAUUAAAAUGAACAGACAAACAAAGAUGCUUCCCAAGGUUUGAGAUAUUGUCGGAGAACUCCACCUCCACCACCACCACCGCUUAAACUCUGCUCUUCAAUUCCGGUAACUCGUCAGCGGGAUCUCCGAUCAGUGUUAAGGUUAUUAUGUAUGUUGGACACCUUCAGUCGUCGCUCUGUAGUUUUCUUUGUUAAGAAGCUAUUGUGUCUCCACGUAUUCGAGGAGGCUUGUGCAGGGGAUCACUUGUUUAUAAUCUUUUGAGGGGCCAUUCAAGUUGGGAAUAGAAGGAAAUGAACGAGGUACAGAAAUGAAUCUACCACAUACCACAACAACAACAACAACAACAACAACGACCCAGUAUAAUCCCAAGUGGAAUCUACCACAUACCAGGGCAUGGAAUACAUUCACUUUCUCUUGCCCUUCACUUGGUUAAUCACCACAAUCUUUUAGGGGUCGGGCUUUGAUUAAUCUUAUCGCAUUACAAGUAGCUAUGCAACCCAGUGGUGCAAAAGAUACACAACUCCGCGAGAGCAACAGCCAAAAGGUCCAUCCACAACCUAUGGAGGAAGCCGCAAACCAAAAUCCUGAAGCAGUUGAAGCUAUGGUAUCUAGGAUUUUUACAAAUAUCUCAUCCCUGAAGUCUGCCUACAUUCAACUCCAAUCUGCUCAUACUCCAUACGACCCGGAUAAAAUCCAAGCUGCCGAUAAACUUGUAAUUUCGGAGCUGAAGAAUCUCUCUGAACUCAAGCACUUCUACAGGGAGCACAAUCCCAAACCUGUGUGUGUUUCACCUCAGGACUCUCGCUUGGCUGCAGAGAUCCAAGAACAGCAGAGUUUGUUGAAAACAUAUGAAGUUAUGGUGAAGAAGUUUCAAUCUGAGAUUCAGAAUAAGGAUUCUGAGAUUGGUCAGCUGCAGCAGCAGAUACAAGAGGCCAGUCAGAAGCGGGUCAAAUUGGAGAAAAACCUUAAGCUCAGGGGCUUGUCAGCCAAAGAAUCAGAAAAUGCAGUUGACGAGAAUGGGCUUUACAUCAUGGACCUAACACCUGUGCUUUUCAGGUCAGCUGUGGAAGCUGCUUACAGGGCCAUUCACGACUUCUCUAAGCCAUUGAUCAACAUGAUGAAAGCUGCUGGUUGGGAUCUUGAUGCUGCAGCAAACUCCAUAGAGCCAGAUAUAGCUUAUGCAAAGAGAGCUCACAAGAAGUAUGCAUUUGAGUCACAUAUCUGCCAAAGAAUGUUCACCGGAUUUCAGGACGAAUUCUUCUCUGUGAAACAUGAGAAUUCAGCUGUCACCAAGGAUAGUUUUUUCCACCAGUAUCUUGCAUUACGUGAAAUGGAUCCACUGGAUGCUGUAGGCCAAAGUCCAGAUUCCCUUUUUGGGAACUUCUGCCGCAGCAAAUAUAUAGUGGUGGUUCAUCCAAAGAUGGAGGCUUCAUUCUUUGGGAACGUGGAUCAGCGAAACUAUAUUAUGGGUGGCGGGCACCCAAGAACAGCUUUCUACCAGGCUUUUCUGAAACUGGCCAAGUCAAUUUGGCUUUUGCAUAGGUUGGCAUAUUCAUUUGAUCCUCCAGUUAGAGUAUUUCAAGUCAAGAAGGGAAGUGAGUUCUCAGAGGUUUAUAUGGAAAGCGUUUUGAAGAAUUUUAUUGUAGAUGAAAACGAGGAGAAGCCUAAGGUUGGUCUGAUGGUUAUGCCUGGUUUCUAUAUCGGCGGUAGUGUGAUCCAGUGCCAAGUCUACCUAACCGGCGUGAAGGUUACUGAAUGAUAUUUUGUUCUGUCUUUGUAUUAUGCUGAUUUCUAUAUGUAUAUCGUGUGAUUAUACUUUAUCGUGCCUUAUGUUUUAGCAAAUGUUGUUACAUACUGGCCGUCUGAUGUAAAAUGUGCCUUUCAGUAAUGACUAGAUAUAGUGGUGUUCAUCGGUUGGUUUGGUAUGGUUUUGAAAGAUUUUCUUUUUGUAUUUUCGGUAUUCCAUUUAGAUAUGUUAUACCGAUAUCAUACUAAAAUAAACUCAGUAUGGUUCGGUUGUUCA